GUUCAAGACCAAUAAGCGCCAUUGUUUCCAAGAGUCAUCUUUAUGGCGCACUUAUAGCGUUGUUCGUUUAGUAAAAUGUGUUGGUAAAGCCUCAGGAUGUAAAGUGUUUGAAAAUAAUUAUUUUAAUAUUUUGACGAUAGUCAUUGUUACCCAAGUCAGCUAAGUUAGCUGUUUCCUGAAACCGCAGCCCCCACCACGCUGCUGUAACGUUAAAUCAAAACAAUGACCUCUGCCUCUACUAAGGUUGGCGAGAUUUUUUCUGCAGCUGGAGCUGCGUUCACAAAAUUAGGAGAGCUUACCAUGCAACUGCAUCCAGUGGCAGACAUGAGUCCAGCAGGUGCACAAACGAAAACAACAGUCAAGAGGAAGAUUUAUGAAGACACUGGAGUUGUAUCCACUGAUUCUUUAAAGAAGAUCACCAAAAAGUUGCCGGUUUCUAUGCCUCCCCCUGGACCACCUAAAGUCAUUGCUGUGUCAAAAUCUCAGGUUGUGGUGACUGCCGGUUUACAGGGUCCAGCUACAUGUCCAUCUAGCAUUAAGUCAUCAAAGACUGCUGAGGUCACUCUCAGUGCAUUGAAUGACUCUGAUGCAAACAGUGAUCUAGUAGAUAUAGAAGGGCUGGGUGAUAGUUCCACAUCGAAAAAGCUCAAUUUUGAUCAAGAUAGUCUAAAUCUGGAUUCCAGCCUCAUCAUGAAUUCCAGUGACUUGCCUCUGUUAUCCCGUUGAAGUUCUCAUACUGUAGUUUACCGUCAGCUGGAAAAUGAAAUGAAACUGAAUCAUAUCGUAUCAGUUAGGGUUCAUUCCAGCCCCGCCCAAAAAACUCUUUAUUUAAUCCAAACUUUUCCAAGAAGACACAUUUCUAUGAUAAUAAAGGAAGGGAUAAGAUAUCAUUGAAGAAAGCUGGCAAAUACUUUUCGAGUACUUUUUUUAAAACCAUUAUAAAGAUAUGUACUUGGCUUUGGGAAAAACCUUUAGCCAAAUGGCUUGUAAUAUUGAUGGUUGAGGCUUUGUUUGGUAAACUGUAUUGCUAAAUUAAACAAUUAUUGUACUUUUGAUUAUUCCUAAAGUCAA